AAUCUUUCGACUUCCCUCCCUCCAACCCGCAACGACCGGAAAGCAUCAAUCUGCCUCCAAUUGCCCAGCACCAUGUUCCUCCAACGCACCGCGAUCGCCGCCGCCCGCCGCGCGGCCGUCAGCCCCGUCGUCAAGCGCAGCUUCAGCACCUCUCUCGUGCGCCUCACUACCCCUCCUCCUAGCGGCGCCAACGAGGGAAAGGUUAAGAAGUUCCAAGAGAUCAAGACCGAAGAGGAUCUGCUCCCCCCCGGAGCCCUGCCCGGCACCGUCCCCACCGACCUCGAGCAAGCAACCGGUCUCGAGCGUCUCGAGAUCCUGGGAAAGAUGGAGGGCGUCGACAUCUUCGACAUGAAGCCUCUGGACGCUUCUCGCAAAGGCACACUCGAUAACCCCAUCAUCGUCAAGUCCUUCGGUGAUGAGCAGUACGCCGGCUGCACUGGCUACCCUGCCGAUUCCCACGUCACCAUCUGGCUCACGAUGUCCCGCGAUCGCCCUAUCGAGCGAUGCCCAGAGUGCGGCAACGUCCUGAAGAUGGAGUACGUCGGGCCCCAGGAUGACCACCACCACGACCACCACCACGGUUACGAAGAACCCAAGACCUUCGCUGAUUUCGUUCGUCCUGAAUACCGAUAGAUAAGACGUGCAGGGGUGGUGGGUUUUGUGUGAAGGGGGGGAGUGAGAGUGUAGAUGAAAAAUGGGAUUGAUUGUAGUAUAGUCAAAUGGAGAGAGAUUUUUCGGAUAGCGUGUGCUAUUAGAACCUACUACGUAUGACGAAGUUGUUUUUUGUUUUAUAUUUUGCAUCUCUCACAGUUUCACGGUGGUCAGUGACAAAGAAAACGCAUCAAUCGUUGUUGUGAUUUGCAUCCAUUAUUAUCUAUUAGCGAUUGCCACAUCUCGAUUCGUAUCCCGUUUGUGCAUAUAAAGCACACGUCAACGCCUGCCUCUAUGCUUGCUUUGUUUUGAGUCCUCUUUUGUUUUUUCUUUCUUUUUCUUUUUAGACUCAGGUAAAAGAAAGAGCUAUGAUAAACUGCAAUCGCUAACCUCCAUUUCCCAUGC